AUGCGGGCGGCCUGGGUGCUGCUGCUGCUCCUGGGCCUGUGGGCACGGCUCUCCCUCGGCGUCAUCCCAGCUGAGGAAGAGGACCCAGCCUUCUGGAACAGCAAGGCAGCGGUGGCCCUGGACAGGGCCAAGAAGCUGCAGCCCAUUCAGACAAGGGCCAAGAACCUCAUCCUCUUCCUGGGGGACGGGAUGGGGGUGCCCACCGUGACAGCCACUCGGAUCCUGAAAGCACAGCUGAAGGGCAAGCUGGGGCCUGAGACCCCCCUGGCUAUGGACCUCUUCCCCUACGUGGCUCUGUCUAAGACGUACAACGUGGACAGGCAGGUGCCGGACAGCGCAGGCACAGCCACGGCCUACCUGUGCGGCGUCAAGGCCAACUACGGCACCAUCGGCCUGAGUGCGGCCGCCCGCUUUGGCCAGUGCGAGACUGCGCGCGGCCACGAGGUCCUGUCCGUGAUGCACCGCGCCAAGAAAGCGGGGAAGUCGGUGGGAGUCGUGACCACCACGCGGGUGCAGCACGCCUCGCCGGCCGGCACCUACGCACACACGGUGAACCGCAACUGGUACUCGGACGCCGACAUGCCUGCAGACGCGCUGCGGGCGGGCUGUCAGGAUAUCGCCACGCAGCUCGUCAACGCGGACAUCGACGUGAUCCUGGGUGGGGGCCGCAAGUACAUGUUUCCCAAGGGGACCCAGGACCCUGAGUACCCAGAUGAUGCCAGCCAGAGUGGAAUCAGGCUGGAUGGCAAGGACCUGGUGCAGGAGUGGCUCCCCCACAACCAGGUUGCUCAGUACGUGUGGAACCGCCGGGAGCUCAUUCAGGCCUCCCAGAACUCGUCUGUGAAGCGCCUCAUGGGCCUGUUCGAGCCGGCAGACAUGACCUACGAGAUCUACCGGAACACGACGCGGGACCCGUCCCUGAUGGAGAUGACCGAGGCGGCCCUGCGCCUGCUGAGCAGGAACCCCCGCGGCUUCUACCUCUUCGUCGAGGGGGGCCGCAUCGACCACGGCCACCACGACGGCAGGGCUCAGAAGGCACUGAUGGAGGCGGUCAUGUUCGACAACGCCAUUGACAGGGCGGGCCAGGUCACCAGCGAGAGCGACACACUGACCCUCGUCACCGCCGACCACUCCCACGUCUUCACGUUCGGCGGCUACACGAUGCGCGGGAGCUCCAUCUUCGGGCUGGCCCCCAGCAGGGCGCAGGACAACAAGGCCUACACGUCCAUCCUGUACGGGAACGGCCCGGGCUACGCGCUGGGCGGCGGCUCCCGGCCCGACGUCAACGAGAGCCAGAGCAGGUCCCCGCGGGCUCCCACACCUCCGUUCGAGCCCCGCAGCCCCCUCCCCAAGCUCCCGCACGUCGGAGGAGAAGCCAGCGCCCCGGCCAAGGAGGGACUCGGACAGCCCAGCCUCCUGCCUGCUGCCCUGCGAGGACCCGGUGGCACCGUCCCAGAGGCGCUCCCGCGGGGCUGCGACCCACUGGACCGAACACGGCCCAUCUGUGUGGUUGGGAAAGCUCGCAUGGCCAUCGGCAAUCUCAUCGCCAAGUACGAAGAUGCUGAUCUACUAGGAUAA